CACACGGUAGUGUGCAAGGUGGAAUGACGAUUUCUGGAAAACUGACAGUUUUUCACGCACCUUUCCUGGCAGGACUUUCCAUCGUCAACAUGCCUGGUUGCGAGGUGAAGACUUCUGUGUUGCUGUCUGUUUUAUCGCCAGCGAUCGACGGCCUGGAGCAGUGGAAGUGUUUAUGACGCAGAAGACGAAUAAGUUCCCCGAGAUUGAUCAUCACACGCAUUCCACGAAGUGCCAAAUUCCAUCUCUAGCAAUCCCUUAGAAGAAUACCGUACGAAUUGUGUGUGAUGAGAGCCGACCCGGGACGCGCUCACUUCUGUGUUUGAGUCAACUUGCUACUGUGCAACACAGUCUGUCGAACACCAUCCUACAGCUGCCGUGGUAACACACGAAGAGUGUGGAGGUAAAUCGUGUGCUGUUCGGAUACUUCACGGGUAGAAAAGCCAUGGUUAUUCGAAGGGAAUUUGUUGCGGCCGUCGCUGCAUUCGCACUCCUCCCCCUACUUAUUGCAGUGUGCGAGAAGGCUGACGCGGGUGCUACACACGAACCGGACGCGUCUUCGGAAACCGCAACAGUCACAUCAGCAAGCGGGGCUCACCGGCUGCGGUCCGCUGGAGAGACGAAGACGGAAGACCAAGUUGCUUUUGGGGAGAGCGAGAGUGAUGGGGCACACGCGAGAAUGGCAAGUGAAGAGAAGGCGAACAUCGGAGAUACGAUUGCGCCGACCAUGUUUUUAGCGAUUGAUCGUAUUUCUGAAGAAAAUAUCGCUGAGUCAGACGCUAUCGAGAUCGCACCGGCAACAGCAGGUUACAAAACCGGUUCUAUGGAAAAGGGAGAGACGGCUGAGAAACAUUCCGACACUACAGAAACAGGCGGCGGGGGGGCGACAGGAAAAGAAGUGUCAACAAAAAACAAACGCAGGCGGAGAAGUACGGGGACUAUCGAAUACGUAGAAACACAGAUAAUGCAGAAGCUCCUGGAAAUAUCUCACUUUCUGUCUGCGCUGAAAAACUGUUUCCGGUGUUUCCUAUCCGGCCUGGGGAGAUCGACUGCUGUCGGCCUCGAAGGUGCAGCCGAUAAGGCCACGAAACUCGUUCUGCGGCAUAGAGCUGAUCCAGAACUCAGAGCUCGGAAACGAGAGAGGAAAGAAGUAGGCGCCGAAGCUGCACGUCCCAUAGAUGAACGGAAAACGACACCAGACGAGGGAUUCGUUAACUCUUUCCCGGAGUCGCGUGAACCGAAAUGA